AUGGUCUUGUUCCACUCUGCAACACCACCAACAACAUACAUCUUCACAAUCUCAUCAUCUUCUUUCAGACCAAGAAGAAGUCUUUCUUCAACUAAUCGAAUCUUCCCAACUAAUCAACCUAAACCCUUAAUCAAGAUCGAAACCCUAGCCGCCAGAGACACAAUCAUAGAUUUCGGCAAGCACAAGGGCAAAAUGCUUGGCACUUUGCCUUCUUCAUACCUCAAAUGGGUCUCGAAGAAUCUGCGAGCAGGAGAUUCUGAGUAUUGGGCAAAGCUUGCAGACGAAGUGCUCGACGACGAUGUUUAUAAAGACAGGACUGAGUGGGAAUUCGCAGAGAAAAUCCUCCAUGGGAGUGAUGAGAGCAUGAGGGCUUUGGUUUCUGUAAAGAAGAAGAACAGAGAAGAGACAAACUCUGUUUCGAUGUUGUUGGAGAUCAGUGAGAGAUUCGGUUGGGAUAACGAGGAUAAGAUUGGUUGGAGCAAAAUCAAUUUCGAGCUCUUGGGGACUAGCAAAGGCGGUCGGAUUCCUAGACUAACGAUGAAGACUAAAGAAGAAGAAGACGAAGAGAGAGAAGAAAUGGUAAGAAGAAGAAGAGAGAUUAAGAAUGAGGAAGAUGGGAAUCGAUGGAGGAGAAGAGAGAGGAGAGAUCGGAUGAGACAGAGUCUAGGGAGAGAGAAGGAGAGUGAUGAUGAUGGCAAAACGGUGAAUAGAAGUGAGCAGAAGGGUAUUUUGGGGAAGUUAGAAGACAUAGAGAAGCACCUUGAGCCAAAGAUGAUUCAUAGUCCAUUUCCAGGUCGUGAGAGCCUGUUGAAGAAAGUGAUGAACAAGAAGAGGAUUCAAUGA